GGCAGCCAUUACAACCUGGUCUGUCAUUUCUCAACACGCAACUACCUAACCUUAACCUACUGUAGAUAAUUCUUUGGCAAGAACAACAAAGUCAUCGACCAAUUCUUUGUCGCACAAGGCAAACCAUCGCAUUUUAUUCUGCUCAAACUCUAUGUUUCCUUCAAUUCUUUAGCUACCUAGCCAACAGUGAAUUAUUGAACUUGCCUACCUGCACCUGGGCUGAAGCUGCAUUCGGUUUGGGUGUUCAUUGAAGGUCCUUAAGAGGUUACAAGAAAAGUGGAUAAGGACCCACUCUGACAUAACAAUUCGUAAGAAUUCCACAUAUUGUACCUGGAACUUCUUCCUUCGCGUUUCUUCUUUUCGCCUCUUCACCUUUGUGUCAAGUCGUUUUGACCCUCCCCAACGCAACCACAUCGACUUGAUUUCAUCGGCCACCGCCAUCCUGUCAUAAUGGCGACCGUUGUUCCUCGCCCGGACAUUGAUUUGUCUUCUCAGAUGCUGCCUCCUCCACCAGUGUCUGCGCCUUCAGCUGCAGCUGCGCCCACAGCCGACGAAGAGUACAAGCAGAACCUGAACUCGCGACUCACUUGUCCUGAUUGUAACGAAAACCCUCCUAACCUUGUCGAGGAGUUUUCUUCCGGUGAUAUGGUCUGCGCAUCUUGCGGAUUAGUUCUUGGUGAUCGCAUAAUUGAUACCCGAUCCGAAUGGCGUACCUUUGCCAACGAUGACCAGGGCAACGAUGAUCCUUCUCGUGUUGGAGAUGCUAUGAACCCUCUUCUUAGCGGCUCUCAAUUGGAGACUAAUAUUGCCUUUGGUGAGGGCAUGCGUUCUCGAGAGCUGCACCGUGCUCAAAAUCGUUCCGUCAAUGACAAAGCCACCAAGACCCUCCUGAGUGCCUAUCGUGAGAUCUCCAAUCUUUGCGAGGCUAUCAGCAUUCCCAAAACCACCCAAGAUACCGCCAAGCAUAUCUUCAAGUUAGUGGAAGAAGCGAAACUUUUCAAGAGCAAGCCUAUCGAAAGUGUGAUUGCUAGUUGCAUUUUCAUCGCUUGUCGACAGUCCAAGGCUCCCCGAACCUUUCGCGAAAUCUUCUCCUUGACCAAGGUCUCCAAGAAAGAGAUCGGCCGCACCUUUAAGCAAUUAGAGAAGUUCCUGCAGAGCAACCGUGAAGCGAACACGAAUGGCUCAUUCCUCAUGGUCGAGAACUAUGAAGCUACUGGCACUACAGGUGCAUCUGAAUUAUGUGCUCGGUACUGCAACAACCUGCAGUUCAAGAACCCGCAUCUCAUGGAGAGAGUUUCCAAGUCUUUGGCGGAGAAGAGUUCCGCUCUCAAGGACCUUGCUGGCCGAUCUCCUCUCUCCAUCGCUGCAGCGGCUAUCUACAUGGCCUCCCACCUCAUGGGUGAUGCUCGAACGUCGAGGGAUAUUGCGGCAGUGGCUGGUGUUAGUGAUGGCACGAUUAGAACCGCAUACCGCCACAUGUACCCGGCUCGUGACGAUCUUGUUGAGAAAGAGUGGCUCAGCCAAAAGGGUGGUGGCCGCAUCGACAGACUGCCCCAGAGCUAGUUUCGCAAAGGGAAAAAGACUGAAACUGGGAGGCGAAAUCCUCGCGCCAGAAGAAUACUUCAUGAUUCUACGAACACAACCUAUUGAAAUGCCGGAUUAGGUCAUAUUCC